CAGUGCCCCCCUAUAUCAUCGCGUCCAGAUGUGAGCUCUGAGUUACAGACAACUCACUUUCAGAGUGGACUGUCACCAGAACAGCAGCAGACAUGAAUGCCAAAAUUGUCUUUGCGGUCUUCCUCGCCCUGCAGGUCUCACUGAGCCUCUGUGAAGUCCCAGUGCCUGACCCUGAUCUCAUGGCAACAUACAAUGACCUAAAGAGCACCUUAUUCAGAAGGAUUCAAAACGCUUACAACAAGGUCAUGCAAGCAGCUGAAGGCGACGAGAACACAAAGGCAGCCAAAGAAGCUCUGACGCAGCAGACCCAGGGCCUGGAACCCUACAUGCAGGUGGUCAGGGCUGUCGGUGAGGAGGUGUCCCCUGCUGUAGACAGAGCUCGCUCUGCUAUUCUUGGUGUCUACAGCAAAUACCUGCGCACCCAUAUGCGUGAGCCACUGGAAGUCGCCAUCAGCCGCAUCAAGGCUGUCCUGGACGAAGUCCUGCCUGUGGAGGGCUAGAUCUAGUUCAAGUGCACCUGUAACCCACCUGUAACACAA